AUGUUCCUAAUCAACUCUUCGGGGUUUCCAAUGAACAGGAUCAUAUCACUGGUUCUACGCUCGACCAAGCGGCCGGGGUCUGUGGACUUAAUACGGGCUUAUUCUUCAUUUUCCGAGCGUCUGCACGAUGGAUUGACAUCCCGUCAACUACCCUUGUCCUUCGACUACCUGCAUCCACAGCCCUCUCAUCUCCUGAAUCUUACAUUAACAGACCUAUUUCCUACGGUGGGAUCAUCUGUGAAGAUACAUAGAUCCCUACCUUCAUGCACGCGCUCGUCGCACUUACCAGCGGGCCACCAUCUGGUCUACUUCCCUCCACAGGUCACCCUCUCCGAGCUCCUUCCCGAUGGCACCGAUACCCUACAUACCCCUGGGUCACCGUUCAACAGGCGCUUGUGGGCUGGGGGUAGUGUCAAGUUCUCCACUGCUAGUCGAUUGCUGCUCGAUGGCAGUAGAGCCGUGUGCGUUGAAGGGAUUCGGAAUGUUAUUGUAAAAGGGCCACCGGGUGCGGAGAAAAUCAUCGUGAAGAUAGAGAGGCAGAUAGGCGCAGUCCGGGAAGCGGAAGCAGAAAGCGAUGUGAGGAAGAGAAUAUGGGCUACAGGCGAGAAUGAUGAAGCGCAUACAUCGAUAGUCGAGAACAGAGACCUGGUGUUUAUGCGUGACAAGACUCCCGUACAGCUGAGUCAAGACAAGGCCGAAUUUUCACAAGCCUCGAGAAUGAUUAAAUCUCCCACGGAUCCAGAGUUUCGGUACCGUAUCUUGCCUACGAAGGCCUUGCUCUUUCGCUUUUCGGCUCUGACGUUCAAUGCUCACUUGAUUCACCUGGAUAAGAGUUACACUCAAGAUGUCGAAGGUUAUCGCAACCUUCUCGUGCAUGGCCCCUUGACAUUGACGUUACUCCUCACAGCCCUUCGCCGACACCUGGGCGGCAAGGAUGUAACAAUCAGUGAGAUCAACUACAAGAACCUAGCCCCAGUGUAUGUCGAUGAGGAGUUGGCCAUUUGCGGUAAGCUCAAGUCGACGAAAGAUGUCAGCGCUUGGGACGUGUGGAUAGAAGGAAGAGACGGCGGUUUAGCCGUUCGAGGCACUAUUAGUGCCGAUAAAGCUGAGUAA